AUGGACUCACCGCGGGGCAUCGGCACCUUCGUGGUGUGGGACUACGUAGUGUUUGCCGGGAUGCUGCUCAUCUCGGCCGCCAUCGGCAUCUACUACGCCUUCGCGGGGGGCGGCCAGCAGACCUCCGGGGACUUCUUGAUGGGCGGCCGCAGGAUGACCGCCGUGCCCGUGGCGAUGUCCCUCAGCGCCAGCUUCAUGUCGGCUGUCACCGUCCUGGGCACCCCCUCCGAGGUCUACCGUUUUGGGGCCAUAUUCAGCAUCUUUGCCAUCACCUACUUCCUUGUGGUGGUCCUCAGCGCGGAGGUCUUCCUCCCGGUAUUCUACAAACUGGGAGUUACCAGCACCUACGAGUAUUUAGGACUCCGAUUUAACAAGUAUAUUCGUUUCUGUGGAGUAAUCCUCUUCAUUGUUCAAACAAUUUUGUAUACUGGAAUUGUUAUUUAUGCCCCUGCCCUGGCUUUGAAUCAAGUCACAGGAUUCAAUCUGUGGGGUGCUGUAGUGGCUACUGGUGUGGUCUGCACAUUCUACUGCACCAUGGGUGGUCUUAAAGCGGUUAUCUGGACGGAUGUUUUUCAAGUUGGGAUCAUGGUGGCUGGAUUUGCAUCUGUGAUUAUACAGGCUGCAUUGAUUCAAGGUGGAGUCAGCACUAUUCUAAAUGAUGCUUAUAAUGGAGGAAGAUUAAACUUCUGGAAUUUUAAUCCUAGCCCUUUGCAAAGACACACAUUCUGGACGAUUGUUAUAGGAGGGACCUUCACAUGGACCAGCAUCUAUGGAGUCAACCAAUCCCAAGUGCAGAGAUAUAUUUCCUGUAAAAGCAGAUUCCAGGCAAAAAUGUCUCUCUACAUCAAUCUUGUGGCACUCUGGUUGAUCCUGACCUGCACAGUGCUAUGUGGGCUCGCCAUGUAUUCCAGAUACCGUGACUGUGAUCCUUGGACAGCCAAGAAAGUGUCUGCACCAGACCAGCUCAUGCCUUAUUUGGUACUGGACAUUCUGCAAGAUUAUCCGGGACUUCCUGGACUUUUUGUGGCCUCUGCUUACAGUGGAACAUUAAGCACAGUGUCCUCCAGUAUUAAUGCCUUAGCAGCAGUAACUGUGGAAGACCUAGUAAAACCUCACUUCCGAUGUCUCUCAGAAAGAUCUCUCUCUCGGAUUUCCCAAGGAAUGAGUGUGCUGUUUGGAGCUUUGUGUAUUGGAAUGGCUGCGCUGGCAUCACUAAUGGGAGGUUUGUUGCAGGCCUCACUCAGCAUAUUUGGUAUGAUUGGGGGACCACUUCUGGGCUUAUUUGCUUUGGGGAUUUUGGUUCCCUUUGCCAACUCAAUAGGAACACUUGUGGGUCUGCUGGCUGGAUUUACCAUUUCUUUGUGGGUCGGAAUUGGAGCUCAAAUUUAUCCUCCACUUCCUGAGAGAACUAUGCCAUUAAGCCUUGAAACCUAUGGCUGUAACAGCACAUACAAUGGGACAGAUUGGAUGACAACCACAGAAAUGCCAGUUUCUACCAGUACUUUUCAAGUAUACAACAUUGAAAGGACUCCACUGAUGGAUAACUGGUAUUCUUUAUCAUAUCUAUACUUCAGUACUGUUGGAACUUUGGUAACGUUAUUUGUGGGAAUGCUUAUCAGUUUAUUAAUAGGAGGAAGAAAACAAAACAUAGACCGCAGAUUCCUACUAACCAAAGAGGACUUUUUAUCCAAUUUUGACAUUUUUAAGAAAAAGAAGCAAGUUUUAGACUAUAAAUCUCAUCCAGUAAAAGAUGGUGGAACUGAUAAUCCUGGCUUCAACCAUAUUGAAUUGAACUGCACAGAUCAAAGUGGCAAGAUCAAUGGGACUCGUUUGUGAAGCAGCUGUGAUGCUAAAUUAUCUUAAACAGUGUCCCAGUUUUAUGUUUUUGAAGAUAGUUGGAUCAGGUUUAGAUUGAUUUUUUGUCCUAUCAUGAGUGUUUUGGGGGAAC